CCGACUUGUGCCUAGAGGCCAAGGUUUGGGUAGAGCUAGGACGCAUCAGCGCCCUGAGUGCCCCGCCCGAAGUUGUACCUACGGCUGCCGCAGGCCAAAGGACGAUCUUACAAAGCCACGACAUAGGAGCCCGCUGCAGCAGCCGAUCCGUUUCUGCUCCGCGGGGCGAGUCACGCGGGGCCGGGCCGCGGAGACCACAGAGACUGGCGGCCUCCGGGACGCCUAGAAGGGCCCGCCUGCGCGCCCGCCCUUCCGGGUCGGCGUGGAAUUACUAGCUUCUCGGUGAUCCAAGAGGAAGAGCGUCGUUAUAACCGAGUUCUGCGUGCCAGGUCCAUCCGUUGUCGGGCUCCUCGCCGCCAGAGACUGGUGGCUUGUCACAUCCCUGCCCCUGAACUUGGUCCUAAUGGCGGCCCGCCUGUCCCUUGCUCGGAGCUUGGGUAUUUGGGCCUCGCCGAAGCCGCCCGAGGUGGCUGCGCGGCCUUCUAGCACCCAGGCCCACCUGCUUACUACGGCAGCGCGAUCAUCUUUUCUGCCCUAAAGAACUUGUUCUGACAACCUCCUGCGGCCGGAUCCUGCUUUUCCAAACCCAGAAGACAGUGCUUAAAGGCAGGGGACAUCAGCCAUGCUCCAAACAACUUGGCCUCAGAGCUUGAGCAGAAACCUGUUGUUUCAGGAGUCAGUGGCCUUCGAGGAUGUGGCUGUGUACUUCACCCAGAAUCAGUGGGCAAGUCUGGACUCUGUGCAGAGGGCCCUGUACAGGGAGGUGAUGCUGGAGAAUUAUGCGAAUGUAGCUUCCCUGGUAGGGUUUCCAUUUCUCAAACCCAUUCUAAUCUCCCAGCUUGAGAAAGGGGAAGCACCAUGGGGCCCAGAUCCCUGGGACACAGAGGUUCUGAAAGGCAUCAUUGCAGAUGGUGAGUCCUGGAUCAUGAAUGAAGAGCCAAUAGUAAAGCAGGAGGCUUCUGAAGAAAUAGAGUUGCACAGAGCCCCAGUAGGAGGACUUUGCAGAAACAGUUCUCAGUACUUUGAUUUUAAAAGCAAGGCAGUGCGGCAGACUUUUAGUCUAAAUCCAAAUCUGAUACUUCGAGGUGGAAUGAAGUUCUAUGAAUGUAAAGAAUGUGGGAAAAUCUUCAGAUAUAACUCAAAACUUAUCCGGCAUCAGAUGAGUCAUACUGGAGAAAGGCCCUUUAAAUGUAAGGAAUGUGGCAAAGCUUUUAAGUCCAGCUAUGACUGUAUUGUACAUGAGAAAAACCACAUUGGAGAAGGGCCCUAUGAAUGUAAGGAGUGUGGCAAAGGUUUGAGUUCCAACACAGCCUUAACUCAACAUCAGAGGAUCCACACCGGAGAGAAGCCCUACGAAUGUAAGGAGUGUGGAAAGGCUUUCCGUAGGAGUGCUGCAUACCUUCAGCAUCAGAGAUUGCACACAGGGGAGAAACUCUAUAAAUGUAAGGAAUGCUGGAAGGCUUUUGGUUGUAGGUCCCUUUUUGUUGUCCAUCAGAGAAUACAUACUGGAGAGAAACCUUACCAAUGUAAGGAGUGUGGCAAAGCCUUCACUCAGAAAAUAGCCUCCAUACAGCACCAGAGAGUUCACACUGGGGAGAAGCCUUAUGAAUGUAAGGUGUGUGGGAAAACCUUCAAAUGGUAUGGAAGUUUUGUUCAGCAUCAGAAAUUACAUCCUGUGGAGAAGAAGCCCAUCAAGGUUCUUGGGCCCCCUGUGGUCGGUCCCCAGUGCCCCUCUCUGGCCUUAUCUCCUAUUCUUCUCCAGGGGUCAUGCUCUGCUCCAGCUGUGGCUGUGCCUUCACUCACCUUUCCACAUACUGUGCUCAUUCCUACCUCUGGGCCUUUGUUCAUGCUGCUGCCCACAUCUGGAAUACCUUCUUCACCCACCCAAAUAGUACAUGUCUUCCAGGGUCUUACUCCCACUGUGAAGCCUUCCUCUAUUAUUCUGACCCCUUCUUUUCACCCCACAUGAGCUUUAUCUCGGUGUUCCUAUGGCUGUUACCCAACAAAUCUUCAAACUAAUUUACAUUGCAUUUGUAUUUUUCCCCCACCUUACGUUUGUUACAACUCUUUCAGCAUAAACUUCAUUGUAAUCUAUAUACAUUUAAAGAUUGUAUUUAUAUAAUAUAUUCUCUUCUGGGUAGAAAAUGGAAAUACUUAACCUUUGCGUUGGUCACUAUCAUCCUUGAGCAGUGGUGGCUAUAUCUGCAUCAUAGGGUUGUUGGGGUGUUAGAAGUGCUGAGAGGACACUUUUGUUUGUUAGGGGAGUCUGGGAAAGAGGACAUCCCUGCACUAGGACAUUGUGAUUAGAGAGAAGCAACCUGGAAGAAACAGGAGGAGGCAUGCAAGACCUGUGGGAGUAGAGAAUUAGAGAAUUAGGAUAGGUUUCCAACAAUGAACUUUAGAAAUCAAUGCAGAUUGUUCAGUGAGCCAGUGGCUAGGAGGUGUGUUUAUAGAGCUGAAGUUGUGUUGCCCUUGGCAUGGAUCAUUGAGGAUUCUACAUAUCUAUGCAAAAAAUGUGAAAUAACAGUAAAAAAGAAAAGUAUGCGUUGAUAGCAAUCAUUUAUGUGAUUGAUAGCAAUUGUAAACAAUCAUGUAAGGUAUUUUUCCUUGCUCUUGAUAUCUAGAUGUUUCUUUUAACUUUUAUUUCCUAAGUAAAUCUAUGCAAACAUGGUGGCAGAGCCUGGUGUCCAGAGUGUCCAGAGAAGUGGAGUUCCUGAGCACAUUGCAUCUUCUAUUUUCUUUUGGAAAUAUUACUGAAAGAUAAAAUCAGCAUAAAUAUAAAGUAAAAAUAGUUCACACACAAUUUUUAAAAACUCCAAUGUGAAGCAAACUAGAGACUAAUACUUCUUGAACUUGAAUGUGCUUAAAAUGUAUCUUGAGGGCUUCUUAAACAGAUUCGUAGGUCCUUUCCACAGAAUUGCCACACUGCAGGGCUCACAGCUCGGUCCUCCCAAGUACUAGUAUGCCGACUCACCUGGAGGCUGCCCCUGAGACCCCCUGAACAUGUGUGGGUCACGGCCUCUCCCUCCUAGGCAGCAACAUUUCCAUUCUGGAUUUCCUUUCUCGACCAGAAUUGCACAAAGCCUGCAUCAUAUCCUUUUCUGAAUCUAGUAAUAGUUCUAUAAAUCUAUACUUUUAACAGAAAAUGCCUAUUUGUAGGAAUAUUUUUCAUGCCAGUGGAUGUCAACUUGCCCUUUCUUUUUUAGAAACACAACUGAUCCAUGAAAUGAAAAAGUCUAGAUUUCAGUAUCUGAGAAACCUAAAACUGUAACUAUUCCUUAGAGACAAACUUAAUUCUAAAAUAAAGUGAUGGCUUUCUUAACAAUAGUGAGACUCGUGAUAGUUGGAGACACGUUGGUGAACCCACUAAACAGAUUCAUUCAUUCUCUUCCUUUUUUGAUAUAUGAAAAGACAUUUUAUUACUGCUAUUUUACUAUAUAACAUAUUAACAAGUAUACCAGAUUGCAUUUUCUGAAACGGCAAAUGAGGCACAGUUCUCUGAUUCCUUGGAGAACCUCAGUAUCAUCUGUCCUUUGGAGGAUUCAGUUUCUUAUGACAAGUGUGAUACUGUCCAUGAGGAUACCAGUGGUGCUUAGUAGUAAAGAACAUUUUGCUAAGUUGUUCUAUCAUGGGUCUCUGCUCAGGUGUUCACUUUUCAUUAUUCACUGUGUUCUUUUCAUUAUUACGCACAGAAUCUGGUAGAGGGAUAGAUUUUGUAUGUUCAUGUGGGAUGUCUGCAGAAGGAUGGUAGCAUGCUAUCAUCCUGCCAUCAGAUGUCAAAGCAAGCUCUGCUUUGUAAUUAUAGUCAUCUGGUAGAGAAGAGUAUGUAGAUUUAUGGCAAACAAUAUAAAGCUCCAUUUUGGAUUGGAAAUAAACACUUCAGGAUAGUUCUCUUUGAUAUCACCCAUUUACUGCUGCUAUGGCCAAGACAUUUUUAAAGAAACAUUCCUUUUAAAAUCUGCUUCUAGGCAGACCAGUUUUCAUCCCUCAACAGCUCCUCCCCGUGAGGCAGCCAUUUUGUUUCAAUCCCAUUCAUUCUCUUAAAAAUAUUUAUUGAAGCUGAAUCCCAGCACUCUGGGAGGCCAAGGCAGGUGGAUUGCCAUGAGCUCACAGGUUUGAGGCCAGCCUGAGCAAGAGUGAGACCCCCAUCAUCUCUAAAAAUAGCCAGGCAUUGUGGUGGGUGCCUAUAGUUCUAGCUACUUGGGAGGCUGAGGCAAGAGAAUGGCUUGAGCCUAAGAGUUGGAGGUUGCUGUGAGCUAUGAUGCCAUGGUACUCUACCAAGGGUGACAAAGUGAGACUCUGACUAAAAGAAAAAAAAUAAAUAAAAAACAUAUAUAUAUAUGGAUGCUUACUAUGUGCCAGGCACUGCACUGCGACUAGGGAUGGAGUAGUGAACAAAUCUUCACCCUCUUAGGUCUUUUUUUUUUUUUUUAAGAGAC